AUGGUGCCUCUCAUCAUGGAAGCCGAACUUCUGGACGAGCCAGCUUCCAUGGAACUUCUUGAGAGGUCUCUGGCAGAGUGUGGGCGGGAGAACGUCAUGGGAGUCUUGUUGGAGGGCGGCGGGACCAUCUUCUCCGAGCUGGUGUCUGAUGCAGUCUCGUAUGGCAUCUUGGGAACGCCGAAAGGGGAUGCCCUUAUCAAUCUCGCGAUGGAGUAUGGCGCCGACUGGGCCUGCCUGGAUGGGUGGAACUUCACACCUUUCGAGGAGAUCACCCGUCUGCCUUUGAUGAGUAACCCGAGGCGAAAGACCACCAUCUCGCCGGAGGUUGCACUUGCCUACACCCGCAAAGUACUGCAGAAUCAUCCACAGCCCGGUCUCCUCUGGAACGGUUCGAAGGAUCGGACGGAGGACGGCGACGAGGAGUCUCAGGGAGCCUUUCGCAGCCUGCUCCGAUCUUUGGCCAAAGAGAAGCGCAUCGGGCAGCCGAUCUGCCACGAGUUCUUGAAGAUGGCCGAGGAGACGGGAGCCAGGUGGGAUGCUAUCCAUUGGAAUUACACGCCUCCGUGGGCCAUUUACCAGGUCGGCAGCCUCAGUACCUUCCACUCCUUCGUCCAGGGCCUCGCACAGGCGGGUGCGUUACGGCACCCCGAGGGGGUCAACAUGGUGGCUCGUGCUUUGGAGAAUGGAGCCGCCUAUCGGAUGGAUGAUCCGAAGCCUCCGGGGCCGAAGCGCAUUGUGGUGGAUAUUCCGGGAUUGGUCUGGGGCUGCCGGAGAGAGACGGUGCGCCUGCUGGCGUUGCUGGCCUCUGGAAGGGCCUUCUGCUGUGGUCCUCCGGACAGGGAGGGAUCGGAGGGAGAUCUG